CUUGAUCUCAGUAUGUCCAACUGCCGGUUGCCUUUGUCAGUGAUCCAAGCAACCAACUGCAGCAUGCCGAUGAACUUCACCACCCGUGUCUUCGACGACGCAGAGAAACUAGCACUGACCCAGGCAUGGAUCGCCACAGCAGAGGACUACGCAGCGAAAGCUUCGACAGCCUCGUUGAAGAGCGUGUUUGGCCGUCCCGGUGUUUUCUGGGACAAAGUGCGAGCCAACUACUCCCUGAACGUCCGAGUCAGGACGACAGCGGAGCUGCUUGCUCAGUGGCAGACGAUGGUGCAGUCGAUGGGUGAGUUCUUGAAGCUGUUCGAGCAGAAAUACUUCGAAUCUCGACAGGACUUCCACAACGACUGGGAGAGCGUCGGCCAAGCUUUCAAAUGGGCGGCCGCUGAGUAUAAAGCGAAGACGGGGGCGGAGUUUCGGGAGGUGAACGCGGCGUCCUUGCUUACUAAUCACCAGAAGUGGUGGACAGUGUUGAAACCUCUUGUUAAUCUCCAGCAAGACGCCACCGUGGAGGCCAUUGACACAGACCAACCACAAGCAGCGAGUGGGACCGUGCACGUACGGAGCGAAGACGAGGAAAACCACGAUAUAGGUCGAUGUGUGAGGCAGCGACUGAAUACUGAGGCUCCCAUUCUGCAAGGAUCGAAGGUUGAAGUUCUUUUGUCUCCAUUGGGAUCGACAAGUUCGGGGUUUUCGCCAUCGUCGGCCCAGUCGACACUACACAGACCCAGUCUAUCGCUCUCGGAAUGUCUAGAAAUGCGAAAAGUAGAGGUCAUGGAGCGUCAACUGGACCUGCAAAUCAUGACACAAAGCCAAGAAGGGCUCUCAGACGAAGCCGUAGAGUAUCUUCGCUGGCAACGCCAUCUUGUUCUCGCUAAGAUGCGACGUGGUAUUAACAAGGAGGAAGUCUAAGCUGAUGAGAGACCACGCGAGUUUGGGGAUAUUUAAUGCGCAAUUCGUUGACUUUUUUGCACGUGUUUGAUGCGGGGUUUUAUGAUUAACAAUAAUUGUUGGAUCAAUCAAAUAUUUUUCAUUGCUGAU